CAGUUCAUCAAUGAGCAUUUGAGGACAUCGUGCCCAAAAAGAUCCAGACAAAGGAGAAAAAGAAGCUCUGGGGUGCAGCCACUGAUUACCUGGCAGGGAAAGGAAUCACUGAAAUCUCACCAUGUCAGGUAAUGGAACAAAUGCCACUGCAGCGUAUGAUUACUCAGCCUAUUACGACGAGUCCAUAAACUUCUCUCCUUGUGACGACGUGGAUCUCAAGGAUUUUGGCCAUGUGUUUCUGCCCACUCUCUACAGUCUGGUUUUUGUCCUUGGCUUUAUAGGUAAUGGCCUUGUGGUGUGCGUUCUGGUGAAAUAUCGCAACCAGACCAACUUGACAGACAUAUGCCUCUGCAACCUGGCUCUCUCCGACCUCCUCUUUGUGCUCACCCUGCCUUUCUACGCCCACUACUCCGCGGUCAGACUUUGGGCUUUCGGAGACUUCAUGUGUCGUUUCAUCUCAGGCUGCCACCGCUCUGGCUUCUUCAGCAGCAUCUUCUUCAUGAUUAUCAUGACGCUGGACCGCUACUUGGUCAUCGUGCACGCUCACAAGGUGGCACGGUACCGCACUCUGCAAGCAGGAGUCACUGUGAGCGUGUUUGUGUGGCUGCUGAGCCUGUUCGUCUCUUUACCUGCUCUGAUCUUCACAAAGGUCACGGAUGGCCCUGACGGGCUGGAGUGUAACUACGUCCCAAAUAACAACGCCUGGAAGCUUUAUGACAUCUUUGCAACAAACCUACUGGGUCUCAUGAUUCCCUUUGUGGUGAUGGUGGGUUGCUACUCCAGGAUCAUCCUUACUCUGGUGAACAUGAGGAAUGCAAAGAAGAAGCACUGCGUUGUCAGGCUGAUCAUCUGUAUAGUGGUCACCUUUUUCUUGUUCUGGGCCCCAUAUAACAUUUCCAUUUUCUUGAAGUUUCUGCAGUCUGAGGGCAAAAUGCCAAACAGUUGCAAAUUCCACAGAGAUCUAAAGCUGACAAUAACAGUGACAGAGACAUUUGCUUACACUCACUGCUGCCUGAACCCCAUCGUAUACGCCUUUGUUGGGCAGAAGUUCAUGAAACGGGCCGUGCACAUGCUGAGCAAUUGGCUGCCUGGGAUUCACCUUCGCCCCUGCAGUGAUUUUUCAGAAACCUUGUUCAGGAGAAGCUCAGUCCCGUCCAAGUCCUCUGUCACCUCCACUGUUAUCAUGUAAGAGGUGGAGGGCAGACGGAGGCCUGAUAUGUCUUAUGGACAUCAUGAAUGUUUUGCCUUGUUAAUGAUGCAGACCAUGUUAUCUUUGUUCAUGGUGUCACUUCCAUUUUCCAUCCAUGACCAUGUUAUUCAUCAGCAAUGUCUGAUCUUAAAAAGCUGCAUGUACCUGUAUAUAGGAUUUUUUUUUUAGGCCUUUUUGACUUCAUUUGCAAUUUUGUAUUUGUUUAUUUACACUGUAAUGUUUCAUUUUGACCAUAAGAUGUCAGAUGUGUACUCAGGUGUGAAUAUACAUCCCAUCCUGCUGAUUGGAGGAAACUGUUGUACCUCUUGACAAAGUAUGGAUGUCUUGUUUGUAACCACAAGUUUGUGUGUGCCUGAUGUGAUUGGAACAUUUCUGUUCUUUCCUCUGUCACACAUUUGUUACUGAGUCUGCAAGUUGGUAAAAAAAACAUAUGGCGAGGAUAAGAUUAAAAUACUUUUUAACAACAUGAUUGUUUUUUAUUUUUCACUUUCAUUGUGGAAAACGUUUUCAUUCAAAUGUUUGAUGAUGACUCAAAGCUACAGCAGUGAAACCUACAGUUAUGUAUGGCAUCUAUUGCACAUUCAAACAUUUUUCAUGGAUUCAAAUCUGUUGUUGUGGAACAAAUUUUGGUUCAUCAAACCUGUAAUUUUCCAUAUGUUUUUUUUCCAAUAUUGUUUUAUGCCUCACAUUUCUAUGACUGUACAGUAUCUUGCAUAUAUGUAUUUUUCAAGUGUUUUAAUGUUGGAUAGAUUCUGUUUUUGUCUCAGUUCAUUUUACUGCUAUUUGCACAAAACAAUGCUUAAUGCUCAGCUACUGAUGUUUUUAGUUAAAGUCUUCUGGAGUGGUUUGGUUUGGCAAAAUGAGAUUAUUAAAGUUUUACCUCCUCUCA